AGUGUUGUCGGAAAAAUGGCGGCACUGCCCCUGCAAGAGUUGGAAGGUUCAGAGAUAGCUAAGCUUGAAAAGAUCAUUUCGGACCAGCAAUAUAAUAUCGAUUGUCUAAAAGCCCAACAGGAACGACAUCGGGUUGACAGCGAACAACAAUUCUUUGAAAAAAAAAACCAACUUGCUCAGUGUCAAGAGGACUUUUUGUCGCAGACCCAAGAGCAUUUUAAUCUCAAAGAGGAGUUCAGAAAACAAGAGGAGGAUCUCAAACGUGUGCGUGAGGAGAAUGGAGAAUAUGAAUCCGCACAAGCGAGGCUGUCAUCUGAGCAGACACUGCUGGCAAAGGCUAAAGAGGAACUGGAGGCAGAAAAGCGAGAACUUGUUCGAACACUGGAGAAAAGAUCUUUGGAAGUGGAGCAUUUAAAUGAUGACUUCAGGCAACUCAAUGACAAGUUGGUGGAGGUUAACACCUCUAAGAUGGCCCUGCAGAUGAAGUUGGAUGAACUUGAAUCGGCUGAAGUCAACAUUAAAUACAAGGAGAAACGUAUGAACCAAGAGAAAGAGCUGCUGAAUGGUCAAACAUCUUGGCUGAAGGAGGAAUUGAAGGCUAAGAGUGAAGAACUGCUGUCGCUGUCCCGACAGAAGGGAAACGAGAUACUGGAACUAAAAUGCAACCUCGAGAACAAGGAAGAUGAGUUGAACCGACUCCAAGAGCAAGUGGCCAGUUUGAAGACAUCAAAUGAGCGUCAUCAGAAGCAGAAUGAGGACAUGAUCAGCAAACUGAAAGAAGCCAAGGAACAACAAGCCACGAUGGAGGAAAAGUUCAGAAACGAGCUGAAUGCCAACAUUAAGCUUUGCAAUCUAUACAAGGGAGCAUCGGCAGAUUCUGAGGCAAAAAGUGAAGAGCUGAGUCGGGCAGUGGAGGAGCUGCAUAAGUUGCUGAAAGAUGCUGGAGAAGCCAACAAGGCCUUUGAAGAGAAGUUGCAGGAGAUGAAUGGUGCCACAGACAAGAGUGUGGCUGAGCUAAAAGAAAGGAUCCAGAGCCUUGAGAAAGAGUUGGAAAAUGCUAAUGAGCUGCUAUCAAGUUCUAAACUUAGAGGUCCGAUUGGUACGACAUCUGUGAUCGCAGAAGAGCAAAUGACGACUAUGUCCCCAACAGCUGCCGCUGUAUCCAAAAUAAAGCCCAACAUGAAGUUGACAGAGCUGUACACCGCAUAUGUGGAUACCCAGGAGCAGCUGCAGAUGGAGAGAUUGGAGAAUAAGCGAGUCAACAAGUACCUGGAUGAUAUUGUGCAAGAAGUGGAAGCAAAAGCCCCAAUCCUCAAACGACAGAGGGACGAACACGAGCGCAUGCAGAAGUCAGUGGCCAGUCUUUCUGCCAAGCUGGAGCAGGCUGUUAAGGAGGUGCAUCGUCUGCAGAAGGAAGCUGAUGAAGCUAACAAGCGCUCCUCUGUUCUGGAAAGGGGCAACCAGAGGUGUGAACUUCAGCUUGGAGACAUGGCUCAACAGGUGCGUGUGCUGCUCAUCGAGCUGGAAGAGGCUCGUGGAAACCAUGUAAUGCAUGAGGAGGAGGUGAGCUCAGCCGACAUCAGCAGCACAUCAGAGGUGAUCAGCAAACACUUGGUGACCUUCCGUGGUGUAGAGGAGCUUCAGAAGCAGAACCAGCGUCUUCUGGUGGCCCUCAGGGAACUCAGUGAUGCUCAGGAGAAAGAGGAGCUUGAGGCCGCUGGCAACAAACGUGGUGAACUGGAGCAGAGUUUUGACAAAGCCCACCUUGAGCUGGAGUCCCUGAAGGAGCAGCGCAGCCAGCAGGUCAAGAUGACUGAGUCCAUUGUGAGGCAGAGGGACAUGUACCGCAUGCUGCUGGCUCAGGCAACAGGAGUCAGCUUCCCUCAGCAGGGUGCAUUACCCGAGGAGUUCUCUCUAACCUCCACCCCCCGACGCUCACCUGCAGCCAAACCCAACACAGGAACUCCCACUGCACUUGUCUCCAUGACGACCGAGUCUGCUGAAGCCUUGGAGGCCAAGGCAGCUUUGCGCCAGUUGCAGGAGGUAUUUUCCGCCUAUAAGAAGGAGCGCAUGGAGGGUAGCAAGGUCAUGACGGAGCAAAACGAGAAGCUCCAGGAGCAGCUCUCUGACCUCCACUCCCAGAAUGCAAAGAUAUCCACCCAGCUAGAGUUUGCCUCUAAAAGGUAUGAGAUGCUUCAAGACAAUGUUGAGCGCUACAGGACAGAGAUUGCUUCCCUCCGAGAAAAAGGACAAAAGAUGUCCACUGCCACACAGAAGCAUGAGCAGACCAUCCACACGUUGAAUGAGGAUCUGAAGGCUGCCAAAGAGAAACUCGCCAUGGCUGAGGGCCAGACUGAGAGUCUACGCAAGGAAAGAGAAACGCUCAAGCUGGUGGAGUCCCAGCUGAACCUGGAAAAGGAGUCGAUCCUCAGCCAACAACAGAGCCAGAAUCUGCUGCUGACCAACCUCCAAGCUAUUCAGGACACUCUUAAGCGUUCAGAGACUGAGACACAUAAGCGUCUCAAUGGCCAGUUGGAGAAGCAGGAACGAGAGAUCUCUCAGCUGCAGAAGAGGCUGGAGCACGAGGUGGAACAGCGCCACCUGCUCGUCAGAAACCAGGAAGUCCGUUUGCUUACCUCUCAAUGUCAGUUGCUGGAGAAACAGGGGCUGAUACACCAGACGACCAAGGAGCUGCUGAAUGCUGCCGAGCUCGAGCUCAACACCCUCAAGCUGCAGUUGGGCAGCGGUGAAGCGCGUCACGCUCUGAGCUCCCCCACCACGCCAAUAAUCAGAGGUCUGCCGGGUUCGAAUCAAGACAGAGAGGACUUACAGGGCCGACUGCGGGCGGCCGAAUACCGGGCGGAGGAGCUUGCAGAGAGCCUCCGUGUAGCCACCUCCAGCAUUGAGCAGUACAGAACCAUGGCUCAGAGCCUGGAAGAGUCCCUUAACAAAGAGAAACAGGUAACAGAGCAGGCACGCUCAUCCAUUGAAGUUCGUAUGAAGGAGGCUGAGCAGGAGCACCACAGGCUGGAGGAAAAGCUUCUGGAAGCAGAGAAGGAAAAACAUAAUUCAGAGGAGCAGAAGAGGAGAGCCCUGGCAUCAUUGGAAGAGCAGAUAAACAGUCUGAGAGGAAGUCUGAGCAGCACUCAGGCAGAUCACCAGGCUGUGCUCGAGCGCGUGAUUGUAGCUGAAGCCCAGCAGCAGCAAGCUCUACAAGACAGCCAGGAGCAGGCCAAGCUGGCAGCUGAAGCGCAAGACAAGUAUGAGCGGGAGAUGAUUCUGCAUGCGGCAGAUGUCGAAGCACUGCAAGCUGCUAAAGCUCAGGCCAUUCAGGCCAUCGAGUUUCGACAACAGCUUGAUGAGAGAGCCCAGAGAGUCUCUGCAGAGCUACUGGAGGCCAGGGUCUCCUGGGGAGAGCAGGAAAAAAUCCUCAAGGAGGAGAUGUCAAAGAUGGAGAGCCGCUAUGAGGAUUUCCAGAGGCAGAACACGCUUUUGCAUGAGCAGAUCCAGGCAAUAAGCAGCAAGAUGGCUGACAAGUUGCAGCAUGCUGCCAGUGAGAGUCCACUGAACAUCUCUCUGACUGAAGAGGGCAAAUCUCAAGACCAGAUCCUUGAGAUUCUCAGGUUUGUACGCGGAGAGAAGGAGAUUUCCGAAUCGCGUUUUGAGGUUGCUCAAGGGGAGAGUUUGCGUUACCGUUUGAGGGUGGAGCAUCUGGAGCGUGAGUUGAAGGAGGCGCAGGACAGCUUGAGUGCUGCAAAAGAGAGGAUGCAGGUGACAACGAAGACCCUGGCUCAGCAUGAUGAACUGAUGAAGAAGACCGAAACAAUGAGCAUCCUGAUGGAGACCAACAAGAUGCUGCGAGAGGAGCGAGACAAGAUGGAGCAAGAACUGCACCAAACUCAGGAUAAGGUACAAAAGCUGGAGUCGGACAUUAUGCCACUGCAGCAGGCCAACUCCGAGCUGAGCGAGAAGAGCGGCAUGCUGCAGGCUGAGAAGAAGAUACUCGAAGAGGAGAUCAGGCGCUGGAAAGCUCGGACCCAGCAUUUGGUGAGCCAACAAAAGGAUUCAGACCCGGAGGAGUCCAAGCGUCUACACUCUGAGAAGGAGGCUCAUCUCAAACGCAUACUGCAGCUCACUGAGGAGAACUCCAAACUUAAAGCAGAGGUGGCCAGGACCAAUAAUCUCACAACAUCCUUGCAAAGCCAGGUACAGAACUUGCGUGACAAUAUGAGUAAGAUAAAUGAUGAAAGAAAUGUGCUGAAGAAGGAAGUGGAGACCAAGAACCAAGAGCUCCAGGAGAAAGUACAAACUAUCACUCAGGUCAAGAAGAUUGGACGCCGUUACAAAACUCAGUAUGAUGAUCUCAAGGUGGAACAUGACAAGUUGGUAGCCGAGGCCGCAGCAGUGCCAUCCCAAGAAGAGGAGGCUCGUCAAGCCUCAGUUCAGGAGCUGCAGAGUCUCAAAGAUUCUCUGAACCAGGCUGAAACCAAGACCAGAGAGCUGGAAGGACAACUGGAGAACAUCAACAAGGUGGCUGCAGAGCGUGAGACUGAAGGGCGUAAUGCCCAGGAACAGUCAACCAGGCUGCAGACAGAGCUGAACAGAAUAAGGCAGGAGCUACAGGAUAAAGUCUCUCAGGAGGACACGCUGAGACAGCAGAUGACUGACAAAGAGGACAAGACCAGGAAGGCCAUUGUCUAUGCCAAGCAGAAGAUAAACCUGCUCACCAGCACCAAAGACAAGCUGCAAAGGGAAAAUGAAGAGCUAAAGCAACAGCAGGAGGAGCUAAAGCAACAGCGUGAGGAGCUGGAGGUUCGAGUCAGCGCUCUCAAGUCUCAAUAUGAGGGCCGCCUGAGUCGACAGGAGAGAGAACUGCGAGACCUGCGAGGUCAGCAGGAGAGGCAAGAGCAGAGAGAUGAGCCACCUGAGGCAGGUCCCAGUAAGACCCAGGAGCAGCAGAGGGGCACAGAACAGAGGCAGAUCAGUCUGAAGACAACCCCAGCUGCAGACCGGGGCAGUGCCAGCACAUCUGAGACUCCCACUGCCAACAUUAAGCCAACACCUGUGGCUUCAGCAAGCAAGCAGCCUGUCAACCCGGGAAACAAACCCACUCCGAGAGCAAGCAUCAGGCCCAUGAUUACCCCAGCUACUGUGCCCACCCCAACACCCACGGCCACCGUCAUGCCCACCACGCAGGUGGAGACCCAGGAAGCCAUGCAGUCUACUGAAGGCCCCCCAGUAGAGCACGUGACUGUGUACGGAAGUGCCAGCGGCUCGGUGCGCUCUGCCAGCCCCAACGUCCAGACCACUUUAGCAAGCCCCAUGCUGACGGGGCAGCAGAGCCAGACGCAGGCCACCGCUUUUGUCCAACCAACUCAACAACAGAGCAUGACCCACGCAGAGCCGGCAAAUCAGGAGCCGCCACCCAUGGUCAUUGAGGCGACACCUAGCUCGCAGGUGGAAUGGCCUUCAACGUCCUCCACCUCCUCCGUGUUUGGAACCGUUUCAGCAACACCAGGAACCUCGUCCAUGUCAAAAAGACCCCGGGAAGAGGAGGAGAUUGCCCCUGUGCUUCCUGACACAGAGUCCACCCAGGAGGACACCUCCAGGGCUCCUAUUCCUAAAAAGCUGCGUAUCAUCCAGAGAGUUGGUCCAGAGGAGGAGGUGCUGGUGGAAGACAGUGCAGAGGCCGAGGGGGUGGUGCUAACAGACAGUCAAGACGGAGCGGAAGCAAGCCAGGAGGAGUUUCCAGUACUGGAGGAGGGUGAUGCAGCCACCCAGUCCAUCAUGAUGGACCAAGAGCUUACCUUGUCCCAAAGUGACGCCCCCCACCUGCUACAGCAGGAAGUAAUCGUCAUAAUAACAGACACAGAGAGUGACGAUGACCAGGAAGAGGAGGAGGAAGAAGAGGAGGAGGAACAGGACUAUGAUGAAGAAGAGGAGGAAGAAGAAGAAGAACAGGAGGAGGGGGAGGAAGAAGAAGAAGAAGAGGAGGAGGAGGAGGAUGAUGAAGAUGACAGGGAGAUGGGGGAGGAAGGAGAAGACAGUAACGAGGGGAGUGGAGACGGCAACGAGGCCUACGAAGACGACGACGACGCAAAGGGAGCUGAUGUAACUGACCCAGGCACUGAAACGGAAGAGAGUUUGGGGGCGUCUGACUCCACCCAGAGGCCGGCCGAUUCCCAGACACCUAGCUUUGACAGCAGUACAAUGGAGGCAUACUCUAUCGAACAACCCAUCACAAGCUCUGGUACACGGAUGCCUCAGUCGCCACGGAGACCGACACACCAGCUGCCCUCUCGCCUGAACAUUGCGCCAACAUCAGAACUGGGACCACCUUCACAGCGUAUCCCUGUUCGCCGCCAGUCAGUCGGCCGGGUCCCGCAGCUCACUGCCGGCGUGCCAGGCACUUCCCAGCACGUCUGUGAUGAUGAUGACCGGACGGUUCCCAGCACUCCCACUCUGGUGUGGCCACAGCGAUCCGACGCUUCAGACCAGUCCAUCCUUUCUCCCCAAGUAGCCGGCGUGCCUCGCUUCAGGUACGGUCUUUCAGAAGAUGCGCCACAGACCAGCUCCUCUUCGGACCUGGGACAGCUCUCCUCACAAGGAGGUCUGGGAAUUUAUGAAAGCCCGUUGUUCCUAGCAACUCACGAAGAGUCUGGUGGACGCAGCUUUCCCACCACACCGCUACAGGUUGCAACACCAGUAGCAAUCGUCUCGGAAGUGGCUCAGUCGGACACCACCAGUGAGCUUGCCUCCCAGUCGGUUCCCAUGGUGAGCACGUCCACACCCGGCCUGGUUGUGCCAGGAGCUCCGUGCCCAGGGGAGGACAGAGAUGACGUCUUUCUGGAGCCAGACACUGAUGGGCCCAGUGCAGAUGUUUCGGUAGACCCAGGGGUCUCACAGGGAGAUUUAGAGGAGCCAGGCCAGCAAUCUGACAAGGCCUGCCUCCCCUCCACCAGUCAGGAGCCCUCCUCCAGCUCUGCAGAUACAAGCAGUGCACCACCUAAGCCCUCUAGACCUGGAACCAGCAGACAGCUGCAGCGGUGGCCAGAACACCGUGGUGGCCGCAUGAAGAGAGGUCAGGGAUUUCCUUCUCGGGGUGUUCAUGGGAGACGAUUCGUGAGAUGAAGCAGCAGUGAGAAAACUCAGUGACAGAAAAGGUUUCCAUUCCCUUCAAAAACACAUUAGAUAUUUUUAAACCGAUGUUUUCAUAUUCUCUUUUCAGCCAUGACAAUGUUUGCGUGUUUUGAAGCUUGUUGUUUUUAAGUUUUCUUUUUCUUUAUAUACUGUUAAAGUACAUUUUUGCUAUCAGUCCAUGCUUAAGCGUUGUGUUUUAUGAAGUAUGUAAUAAACUUGAGAGCUGUAAGA